AUGCAGCCUCAGGGGAUCGCCUGGACCCGUCUUCUGCUAAACCUUGCCGUCUAUGUCCUAGGCUGUCAAGCCGCAUGGGUGCGGAAGUACCACUGUGAUUCCUCGCGAUCCAGUGUUCCAGGAGAGUCCCCAUUCUGGAUUGACAGCCUUCGCGGCUCAUUUGACACGUUCGAUGGCUCGACCUCAUUGUCGUUGUCAAUCCUCGGUGUCCACAAUGAAUCGCAGUUUACGUGCAAUGACCUCAACCUGACUGGGCUUGACACCGAAUUACGCUUUCAUGUGCUCGGCUUCCCCGUCGGCAAGGUGGAGCAUUAUGAGAGCCAAUGUCCCCUGCCACCUACUGACCCGUUGAUACCUCCGGAGGGGUUGCUUUUCUCAAAGUAUCUAUAUACGUACUCCUUCGGUAGUACACACCGGCUGCAUACCCUCGCCGCUGAGAUUGGUUUUAAAACCACUGAUGGGCUCGAAAUCGACUGUGCGGCGGUGAAGAUCACCCCAGACGUUGGGAAAGCCGCCGCUAUAGCCUUUACCUAUAUACCCGCCGCUGUGGUGGUUCUUGUUGCGAUCACGUCGUGGCUCAAGCACCAGAAUAAGGCGGGGGUGAAAUCGGUGGUAGAAUCCAGAGCCGCGUGGGCUAACCAGGGCCCUGUAUGGGAGAUCAUCCUCGAUAUCACCGACUAUAUACGAUACCUUCAGUUCAUCUUUCUUGCUGGUUCGCUUACCAUAGAAUAUCCGGGCUUCUACCAGCCAAUAGUAAGCCAGGUGGCCUGGUCCUCUCUGUUGUAUUGGACAGGCCCUAUUGAUCAUGGUUUUACGUAUACAGGAGUAGAGGAUGGUAUGUAUGUUAGCAAUGCAUCGUAUGGGCUCGAGUAUAUGGUACAGAUGCUCGGCUUUCCCCAGAUGCCUGAUGUCAUGCUCGAUGCGUUUAUCAAUCUUUUCAUUCUGGUUUCUGGCCUUAUCGUGGUUCUACUGAUUCUAUGCCUGAUAACGUCAGGUUCGGGCUACUUGCCUUCGUUAACCGCACUUCUUUGGCAGGGAGGUUAUAUCCUCCUAGGGGUGACUCUCUCAUUCUUCAGUCUCCCUCUUCUGUCCUACAUGUCAUACGAAUUGAUCCUGAUUGGAUACCUUCCCAACUACCGCGUCACUCUAGUCACUUUGGCAAUGGCUGCUAUAGUUUGCGCGAACUAUCUGAUCUUCCGUCAUUUUGAGCAAAAUGAUCUGAGCGAUACAUCGUCUGCGGAAGGCUCUGACCAAGACAGUCCAUCAACCGGUCCAAGGAGGCUGCUGCAAUACUUGGAUUAUCUACCGCAUGCUAUUCCACUAGUACAGGGUAUUAUAAUCGGCGGGCUACAGGACUGGGGCCUGGCACAGCUACUUGUGCUUGUUGGGUUUGAAGUCGUUGUCCUUAUCCAUACGGCCAUACAGCAGCACGCCGGCUUUUUUAUAUCCAAGACCGCCUGGUGUGCUGCUGUUCGCUUGCUAUCUCUCAUGCUGAGCCUUGCAUUCGUGUGCACCUCGAGUGAGGUGACGAAUCAAUGGGUCGGCUAUGUGAUCUUGUGCCUUCAUGGCGCAGUAAUAAUCUUCGGUUUUCUUCUUAUCUCGCUCUGGGAGCUAUCCCGGGCUACCUUGAAAAGGAAUAGUGGAAAUAAUGAUACAUUGUCGGAGGACAUGAUUGUGAUGCCGCCUCUGAAUCAUGACGAGCGUUCCCUUCAUCCUCAAGACGCCGAUGCCAUACUCCGAGCGAAAAGCCCAAACUACAGUCUUAAUAAGCCUAGCUUCGACAGCCUGGCCAGCUCCUACCGUUUGGGCUCCGCUGGGAUAUCCCUUGAACGCCCUAGGGAGAGUGGCAACUCGGCCACACCUUUCUCCUCAACACCUCCCGGUGGGAGGCAUUACGUCACGGACUUCUCCAGCUUCUAUAGAUCCCCGCGCCGCCGGAAUGAACCCCUGACAACCAGAAACUUGCACGCUAGCCCAGCAUCACGUUCUGUUAGCCCGCCUGUAGGCCCAAUACCGAACGAGGACUCAUCCCAUGACUCUUCGCCGACUCGAAGCUCCCUGGAUAUACUUGAUGAGCUGUUAGAAGUACCCAGCAGACCGGACGUAGAUUACUCUGUUAGAGAGUCAGACUUCUACUACGGUAGACCGACUAGCGACUCCACACCGCCGUCGACGCCGUUUUCGUCGGGGAAUAUGGACGAAGAUCAACCCAGCCGACAGACGUUGCACCGCUGGACGCGCAAAAUGACAUCGCGAUUAAAACGUUCCAAGCGGAAGGAGAAAGGCUUUCAGGUAAUGCGGCCACCUCGGCCCACAUAG